GGCAGGGGAGCUUGAACUCUCCUGGGUGGAAGCUGGCAGGGAAGGAUCCUAUGGAGCAGGCCCAGCUCCCUAGAACUCUGGCAGCCAAAGCAGAAAUGUAGCCAGACAGGAGUCCCAAGGGUGGGCUUCAGCUUCAGAGGGCUUUAAGAGAGGAAGAGUAAGCUGGGUGACCUGGUACAGAUCCCUGGUCAAGGUGGGACUGGGGGGCCCCUAGUGGAGCAGUGGGAUAGGACUUCAGAUAAAUCCCAGGGUUCCCCGCCCAUAAUCUUACUGCCCAGAAACUCCCACCCUGAAGUUGGAGUGCCAACAAGGGGACAUCCAAGAGCCCAGAAACUUCCAGGAUUUUUCUGGGUCCAGACUGCACCGGCCGGAGGCAGUGCCCCUGUGGGCCUGCAUGGACAUCCCCAUCAGCAGCAGAGAUUUCCACUGCCUGCAGCUGGCCUGCGUGGCUCUCGGGCUGGUGGCUGGCAGCGUCAUCAUCGGCAUCUCCGUAUCCAAGGCUGCAGCUGCCAUGGGCGGUGUCUUUAUCGGGGCUGCUGUUCUGGGGUUCCUCAUCUUGGCCUACCCCUUCCUGAAGGCUCGGUUCAACCUGGACCACAUCCUGCCUACCACAGGAAGCCUAAGAAUCCAUCCCCAUCCAGGGCCAGACCAUGGAGAAGGAAGAUCCAGCACCAAUGGCAACAAGGAAGGAGCCCGCAGCAGCCUGUCUACCGUGAGCAGGACCCUGGAGAAGCUGAAGCCAGGGACCCGGGGGGCUGAGGAAUGCUGAGGCUAAGUCUGAGGGGCUGCCCCUUCCCUGCCCUCCCGUCCUGCCUGCUGACCCAUCUCAGUGCCCUCCUGGGUUAGAAAACCCAAACCGGAGACAUGCCAGGCCCUGCAGACCCCAGAGCAGCUGGGAACAGCGUCUGGAAUGGAGCCUUUUGCACUCGCCUGGCCAAGGCUCUCGAAAAUGGAUUCCACUGGUGUGGGCUGGGGCCUGGAGCAAGGUGCUGCUGGAUGCCCCCACAGGGUUCCUGUGUUUCAGGCUCCUGCCCUGACCUUUCUUUCUGGACUACAGCUCAGCUUUGUUGCCUGUUCGAUCUACUGAUUGGUUUCUCUGGAAUUUGGGGUCCAAGGCCCUGACUAUGACCAGGAUGCCCCAGUCCCUUGCUCUAACCUGGCUUCAGAAGUGAACCACAGGCCCACAAGAACCACAGACAAGGACCCUCCACCCCCACGGUCUAGCCCAGGAGCUCUAGAGCUCACUAGCCCAAUAGAGGGGCUAGACAAGAUUCUUUUUCAAAUAUCAAAUCUCCUGGCAGUUCCUCAGGGACAGGCUCUGGGCAGCAGCAAAUCAGAUGGGGGAUUCUGGGGGGCUCACAAAGGGACAGGUACAAACAACCUUGCCUGGGGGUCAGAGGAGGCGACUUCUCAGCUGAGCCCGGCCCUGUGACCCCUGGUGUCUAACUCCACCACUCAAGACUUUUUGUGAUCUGACUUCUCUCUUCCCCCGAUCUUCUCACUGCUCCCUGAAGAAGCGAAACAUAUUCCUGUCUCCAAGCUUUGCCCUGUGUUCUCCAGGGCCCUCCCUGCUUCUCUCUGCCUAUCAGACUCCCCACUUUUAAAGGCCCCAUUCAAAAAAUCUCCUACCCACGUGCUCUCCUCAUUCUCUUCUGCCAAUCUCUGUCUUGCUGCCACCUUUCAGGCAGGGCUGAAGUCUUCCUUUUCACAAAACAACUAUUAAGCCAACUUAAGUCUACUGAACAUUGCCCCUGCUCUAGUGCCUAGCACCAGACCAGUAGGUGCUUAAUAAAUGCCAAUGGCUUCAAUUUAAUGUAAAAACAAUUCCCUAGGCUUUCCCCGGGAAGCCACUUCAAAGUCCCAUCUACCAUGGGUAGAGCAAGUGUGGAGCAAGGAGGCCCAGGUGUGGCCUCACAGAAAACCCUGCUCCUCCCUCCACACCUGCACCCUCCAGGCAGAGUUGUGUAACCUCUACAGAGAUGCCCUGUCCAUAUGGCCUCUGGCCUGGUUUAGUGAGCAGAAGACAAGCUAGAAAUAGUGUCCUUCUUGGCCGGGCGCAGUGGCUCAAGCCUGUAAU